AUGAAUCGCGCUCUGGGAAAGCAAGCGACACGGAGCGUUCAGGAUGCUACUCAAGCCUGCCUCAGGCGCACAGUGGGGCCUAUCUCGCCCAUACAGACGAGGGCAUUCUCGAGCGGGUCUGUGUCAAAGAAGCAAUGCAAAGCUUUGUAUGCCGGCUUGAGCCUCGCUUUUCUAAGUGGCGCUUUGGCUUCACAGACCCCCCCUCAUUUUGAACUGGGCGGAAAGCGGCUGUUCGGUACCACAUCAAGCAUCUUUGCAGACGAGAUCAAGUCGGCCAGCUCGAGCAUACUUCGCCAAGCUUCUCCAGCUGCCGCACGGAGACCUCAGACUCACUUGGUCUUCCUCACGCUCGAUCAGGCUGAGAGGGAUGCGUGAGUCCCGAGUGUGCAAGCACGAGCAUCGCGGCUUUUGUUGCAGGUGCACCCUGUGAGCCUCCUUUCUUAUCUUGAAGCUCCUUCCCCCGACCAGAUGGCAGCGGUGGAUCGCAUACUUUCGAAACGAAGGUUUUGACUGUCUACUGAUUAAUACGGCCGUCGAAGGCGGCGAAGCAGAUCACAGCCGUUUGGGAGAGGGUGAGCAGAGCAGAGCCGAUGCGAGACAUUGUUGUGCCACCAGCUCAUUAGACUUCUACCCAUCUGCUGUUUUGCGCGUCGACAGAGCUCACCCAACAGCUGCGUCUCGCAUCUCUACCCGUGCAGCCCAUUGUGCUGGUCCAGAAUCAAAGGGGCGCAGAGGUUGCAUUCGAGCAGCUGUCGAGCGACCCCAGAGCCUCGGGUUUGAUGAUCGUUCUCUUCGACACGAGUGCGCAAGAAUCGUCUCUGAGGACCGUUUCAGACAGAGCCAAAGAGGUCAAGCUGCCGUCAAAGCUAAGGUGGACUCUUAUCAGUGCCAGCGAGGCUGAUGCGAUCAAGCAAGCAGAGAAGUGGAUCAGAGAUCAAGGGUUCUCGUAG